AUUCGUGGUUCUCGCAAAUUUAUUUUCGAUUAAAAUAUGUUUUUAUUGCUCUUAAUUGCCGCUUGUACACUUAUAGUUUUCUAUAUAAAAUGGAAUUACACAUAUUGGCAACGCAAAGGCUUUCCUUAUCAUGAGCCCAAAAUCCCAUUUGGUGUAUUAGAUGGAGUACGUAAGCGUGAAGUUUCAUUGGGCACUGCCGUCUACGAUGUUUAUCGCACCACCAAAGGCAAAGUGCUUGGCAUCUAUCUAAUGACACGACCCGCUUUGUUGGUACGCGAUGCUCAAUUGGCAAGGGAUAUAUUGGUGAAGGAUUUCGAAAACUUUCACGAUCGUGGCAUACAUGUAGACGAUGAAAAGGAUCCACAAUCGAGAGGUGGACUUUUCUUUUUAAAAGGACAGGAUUGGAAGAAUUUGCGUAACAAGCUCGCAAACUCAUUUACGUCUGGUAAAUUAAAGGCUAUGUUUGGUACGAUUGAAAAUGAGGCCGAUAAAAUGGUAAACUAUUUAAAUAUACAGCUGGCAGAUGACGAUACAAAACAGUUCGAGAUGAAGCAUAUAAUGGGCACGUAUUCUAUAGAUGUUAUUGCAUCGGUGUUUUUUGGAUUGGAAGUGAACAGCUAUGAAGAACCAAAUAAUGAAAUACGGAAUGUUAGUCAAAAAGUCAAUGAGCCUACAUUUGGAAGUGUGGUGCGUGGAACAUGCCAGUUUUUAUAUCCCAGUUUAGAAAAGCUUUUCUUGCGUUUGGGUUGGCGUGAGGAGGCUCCCAACAUGAUGAGGGAAAUCGUAAAACGAACUGUACAAAUGCGUGAGGAGCAAAAUAUUACACGCAAGGAUAUGCUUCAAUUGUUAAUGCAAUUACGGAACAAAGGUCAAAUUAGCCCUGAUGACAAUGAUUGGUCCGCAAAAGUUGGCAAAGUUGCACCAAAACCUAUGUCCAUUAAAACAAUCGCCACGAAUCUUUUCCUUUUCUACGUGGCUGGUUAUGAAACGACUGCCUCCAGCGCCUCUUUCACUACCUUUGAGUUAGCACACUAUCCAGAGGCGUUGGAAAAGGCCCAGCGCGAUGUUGAAGAAGCACUAAAAAAACAUGAUAAUAAGUUUACAUAUGAAGCGAUUCAGGAUAUGAAAUACUUAGAUCUCUGUGUAAUGGAAACAAUUCGCAAAUAUCCCGGCUUGCCAAUCCUUAAUCGUCAAUGCACUCACGACUAUCCACUACCGGAUAGUGAUUUAGUGAUUAAAAGUGGUACACCCAUAAUUAUUUCGCUAUUGGGUUUACAUCGUGAUGAAAAAUAUUUCCCGGAUCCUAUGCGCUGGGAUCCAGAACGAUUUGUGAAUAAGAAUUAUGAUCCUGCUGCUUACUUACCGUUCGGCGCGGGUCCAAGGCACUGCAUUGCACAACGUAUGGGUAAAAUAAUCGUAAAAGUCGCCUUAGCGAAGCUACUUCUAAAUUUUAAUAUCGAAUUAAGUCCAGUUCGAAAAGAAAUUCAACUUGCUAAUUUUGGCGUACCACUCAUAGCCAAGGACGGUAUAAAUGUGCGGCUAUCAAAGAGGAAGCCAAAACAGGGCGCAUAA